CAAAACACGACUCACUUCCCAGGUGAGCGGAGCCUCCGCGCGCGGUUGCCAUGGAGCGGCAGCGGGUCACUGACGCGACCUCCACACACACACCGGAGGAGCGAGCGGAGCGCCAGACUUCAGUGAAGAAACACCAUCACACACACAGACUCAAGCGCCGGUAUGAAGUGCUGGAGACGCUGGGUACGGGCACGUACGGCAAAGUCAAGCGCGCGGUAGCGAGACAGUGUGGAAAAACGGUGGCUAUUAAAUCCAUUAGAAAGGAGAGAUUAAGGGAUGAUCUGGAUAGGGCUCACAUUCAGAGAGAAAUUGAAAUCACCGCCUCUCUUACGCACCCAAAUAUCAUCCGUCUAUACGAGGUGUUUGAGAGCGGGGAGAGGAUUGUGAUGGUGAUGGAGUAUGCGAGUGGAGGUGAGCUUUAUGAGUACAUUCAGGAGAAACGGAGACUGUCAGAGGACGAGGCCAGACACUUCUUCAGACAGAUCACCUCUGCUGUGCACUACUGCCAUAAAAAUGCUGUGGUUCAUCGUGACCUCAAACUCGAGAAUGUACUUCUGGACAAGGACUUAAAUGUGAAGCUAGCUGACUUUGGCUUGUCCAACCGCUACACGAGAGGCCGCCGUCUGGACACUUUCUGCGGGAGUCCCCUGUAUGCUUCACCAGAGAUUGUCAACGGACUUCCAUACCACGGCCCUGAGGUGGACUGUUGGUCUCUUGGUGUGCUGUUAUAUGCUCUGGUUUACGGCUCCAUGCCUUUUGAUGGCACAAGUUACAGCAUCCUUAAAGAGCAGAUCCGCCAGGGACGACACAAGACACCUGAUAUCCCAUCGGAGGCCUGUUCAUUGAUUGGAUGGAUGCUCACAGUAAAAGUAGAGGACAGAGCCACUGUGGAAGACAUAACCAACCAUUGGUGGCUAAACCGAAACUGUCCCAACUUCCCAGAUGCUUCAUUCUCAGGAGUUACAGAGAGUAAACCAUGUGCUUCUACGCUACCGAGAAAGAAACAUAAGGAAAGAACAUUCAGCGGCUCUUUUCUGCAGUCACCUCUUGAAGCUUCUUCCCACAACCAGAACAUGAAACUGCCAAAGAAGGGCAUCCUGAAGAAGCUCUACCAUCAGGUUGAACACACAUCUCUCUCUGAGCACUCAGACGGGUCUGUCUGGGACUGCCGGGAACAGUAA